AUGGCAGUACGUUCUGAACGUGAAAAAUCUAAAAUGCAAGAGAAAUAUCAAGUGAUACUUUCACAAAUGCUCAAAGAAGAAGAUAAUAAAUAUUGUGUUGAUUGUGACACUAAAAGUCCACGAUGGGCUAGUUGGAAUAUAGGUGUAUUUAUUUGUAUUCGUUGUGCUGGUUUUCAUCGAAAUUUAGGUGUACAUAUAUCAAAAGUGAAGUCAGUUAAUUUAGAUUCUUGGACAAGUGAACAAAUUGCUUCAAUGCAAGCAAUGAGUAAUAGUCGUGCACGUGCUGUUUAUGAAGCCAAUUUACCUGAUGGAUUUCGACGACCACAGUCAGAUUCAACAUUAGAAGCAUUUAUUCGAGCGAAAUAUGAACAACGUAAAUGGAUUGCAAAAGAAUGGAUUCCACCUGAAAUAACGGUGCCUAUUGAUCUUAUUGAAUCUGAAACACAUCAACGAAAAAUAGAAACAACAUCUGAUUCUAGACAAAUGGAAAAACAUGCUCCUAAAAUAAAACCAUUUGCUACACCAGCAACGAACAAUAAUCCUGUACAACAAACUGGGCAAAUAUCAUCAUCCUCUAUCACAACACCUAUUGUGGAGAAUAAUAAUCAAAAUCUGUUAAAUUUAGAUGAACCAUUGUCAUCUCCUACAAAUAAUGUGAAUUCAACAACUGUAUCUUCAUCUAAUAUUCUUGAUCCUUUACAUGAAUUAUUUACAACAACAACAACAUCUCAGAAUAGUACUAAUGGAAAUACAACAGUACAAAAUAUUGAUAAAGACUUAGAAAGUGCAUUUUAUUCUUCGAAUGAUUCUGCAACAAAUAAUAGUGGAGUUAUGACUAAUGAAAAAAUUAUGGCUUUAUUUAAUACACCUCAAACAUCAGUAACAACGGCUUCAGGAAUGAAUAUUCGACCAAUAUCAACACAACAUUCUACUCCUUCAUCUACUGGUUUUGUUUAUCCGCCUCCAGCUCAACAUUCUCCUUUUGUACCUCCACAAAAAUCCGUCUCAUUUGGUAAUAAUCUCUAUCAACAAGCAACUAAUUUCGGAUCUCAAAUUCAACAAAAUUACCCAUAUUCUGUGCAUCCAGCGAUGGCUCACAAUAAUGCAAAUAUUCAAAAUUCAACAUCAACAUUCACACAUGAUCAAUUUUCUCAAUUUAUGCCAUUUACAAAUACAAAAAUGAAUACUUCAACUGGUGGAACCUUUAUAGCUAAUACACCAAUGCGCCCUAUAACAGAGUACAUGACAACAUCAUCUGAUUCACUUUGGCAAUGA